AUAAUCAAUGGGUGGGGCUUGAGUUUAUUAAUUAGCGAGUGGGCGUUAAACAGAGAAGGUGCGCCUGGUAGGCGUGGUUAAGCCCACGUGUAAACAUGAGGGUCAGUGUCUUUUUAUGUAAAAGAGCCUCUUUGAACUGGCCUCCGUGUGUGGGCCUGGAGAUACAUGCUCAGAUAUGUUCAAGGGACAAGAUAUUCUCAACGGGGCCUGUGGGAUCACAUGAUCCCUCUCCAAACUCCUCCCUCUCAUUGUUUGACGUGGCAAUACCUGGGACAAUGCCUGUCAUUAAUAAAGACUGUGUCAAGGCCGGAGUGUUAACUGCAUUAGCGUUAAGAUCAAGAAUCAACUCUCGGUCGUAUUUUGAUAGAAAGCACUACUUUUAUCCUGAUUUACCGGGUGGGUACCAGAUUAGUCAGAAUCGUGUACCGUUAGCUGUAGGUGGAUACUUAUCAGUUUAUAAUAACAAUAAUCAGUUAAUUAACGUCUCAAUAAAACAAGUACAACUGGAACAAGACAGUGGUAAAAUAGUUUUUGGUGAAAAGACAAUUGAAGGACACGAUACCCUACUGGACUAUAAAAGAGCUGGUGUUGGACUGAUGGAGAUUGUGACUGAUCCUGUUCUAAUUGAUGGAUCAUCUGCUGCUAAUUUUAUUCGAGAGCUCCGCCUACUUUUAAAGAGGAUUGGAACGUGUGAUGGAAACAUGGCGGAUGGGUCGUUAAGAGUUGAUGCUAAUGUGUCAGUGAGAGAGACUGGUUCUGAUGGAAUGGGAACAAGAACUGAAAUUAAGAAUAUCAGCGGAAUCAAGUUCCUUAAGAAAGCUAUUGAUUACGAAAUAUGGCGACACAUACAGGUGCUAAGCAAAGGAGGCGUGGUUUUACCUGAGACUAUGCGCUAUGACGAAAGGAAAAAUGUGACCACACCCACAAGAGGGAAAUCCUCACAUCAGGACUAUAGAUUCAUUGAGGAACACGACCUACCAGCUUUAUUAAUAGAGAGGGAGGGGCUGGUUGAUGAGUGUAGGAAGAUACUGGAGGAGAUACCAACUGAUAAUGUAGUGGAGUCAUUAUCACUGAAAUACGGAAUCAGUUUGUAUGAUGCACAAGUACUUGAGAGUGAAGAUUGGGCUAUAGACUUAUUUGAAGAAGUGAUGACACAGUGUCCUCAGCUACCAGUUAAGUUAGUAAUCUCUUGGAUAACAUCAGAACUGUAUGGACUCAUUAAUGACAGAGACGGAAUGAAUGUGUGUGUAGGCAACUUCAUGAGUUUACUGAUCCUGUUCAAUCAGAAUGAACUGACUGGGCCACAGGCUAAAAAAAUAUUACGAUUGAUGGUUAAAGGUGAUUCAAGAUCUCCUAUUGAUAUUCUUCAUGACAUUCAAACUGCCCAUUACUCUCACACUGAUAUUGUUGAUAUCUGUGAAACAAUAUUAACUGAACAUAAGGAAGAAGUGAGUGAGUACAUCAGUGGUAAUGAUAGGAGGAGGAAGCUGCUGUUUGGAUUCUUCAUGGGAGAGGCUAUGUCUCUCACUGGUAGAGACUGUGAUCCAAAGGAAAUAAAAGGAAUAUUAUUGGAACUGUUGAACAACAAAAUGUAAUGAAAACUGUUUGUAUAAACUGAGAUAGAGUAACUGAAACUUUCUUUUGCAGUUACUGUUUCAAUAUAAUUAUAAUUAAAUAA